AUGUUGAAAUAUUUUGCAAAGAGGCUUAGGAGUUCAAUUGAAUCGUCUAGUGUUCCGGAUGAAGAGUCUACUCCUGCACCACAACCACUACCACCUCCUCCUCCGCAAAUUUUAUUUGAAAAUAUUGAGAAUCUGAGUAGUGAAGUAGAAAUUGUUGCUGAUCCUGGUUUACGAAAAUUGAUUGAAGAGUAUGAUGUUGGUGCUAGAGAUCGUAUUCGAAAAGAAUAUGUUGCUAUGGACCCUUGUCAACCUCGAGGCCAUAAUUUUUCAAGAAAAAAAUGGGUAAAGACAAUAGAUGUUUCAGAGAGGUUUGGUUUAAAGACCGUGAUUGGUUGGAGUAUAGUGUUUCAAAGGAUGCAGCCUUUUGUUUCUGGUGGAGUUGGUAGUGCGCACAUUGAGGCAAGAAUACAGUUUGAGGGUUUCAAGAAUCAAAGACAAAGUGUGGAGUAUUCAUUUUCAUCGGGGAAACAUGAGCUUGAAGUUGCUUAUCGCAAAUGCUUGACUUCCACUUUAAAAAGGAAAUUUUUAGAAUUGCUCAAAUGGUAUAGCUCAGAGUGUCCAGAAGUUGCGGCAGUUGUUGGAAUGAAUGCACCUGGAAAUAAUCAAAUGAUUGCCCCAAAAAUUCAAAAGCAAUUGGUGAAUGCUUGUGCAGUUGAGACCACAAAUGCUAUUCUAGCUGAUCUUGGAGAUAGAUGGUUCACUUUACUACUUGAUGAAGCUCGUGACUGUUCAGUGAAAGAGCAAAUGACAGUUGUUAUUAGAUAUGUGAACAAACAUGGAGAGGUGAUUGAACGAUUUAUGGUUGUAGUUCAUGUUGCAACAACUACAACUGCUUGUUUGAAGGAGGCAAUCGACUCUUUAUUUGCUAAGUAUGGUUUGUCAGUGGCGAGAUUGAGGGGUCAAGGAUAUGAUGGUGCUUCAAAUAUGUCUGGAGAAUUUAAUGGCUUAAAGUCACUGAUAAUGAAAGAAAAUCCGUAUGCAUUGUAUGUUCAUUGUUUUGCUCAUCAACUCCAGCUAUUGGUUGUAACAGUUGCUCAAGCAAAUCAAUAUGUUUGUGAUUUCAUGUGGAUUGUUGGUUCGAUUGUGAACACAUCUGCAUCAUCUUGCAAAAGGGACGACAAACUUCGACAACUUGAACAUGACAAAAAAGUUAAACUUCUUGAAAGAGGAGAGAUUAGUUUUGGUAGAGGACUAAACCAAGAAACUAGUCUAGCUAGACCUGGAGAUACACGAUGGGGGUUUCAUCAUUCAACUUUAUGUCGUAUUGAACAAAUGUGGCCAUCUGUUAUAGAGGUUCUUCAAAAUUUGAUUGAUGAUGGUAAUCGUUCUUCUAAGGGUUUAAGUAGAACUUUGGUUGAAAGAAUGGAGAGGUAUGAAUUUGUGUUUAUUCUACUAUUGAUGAAAUGUAUAUUGGCAAUCACAAAUCAUUUGUCAACCGUUCUACAAGAGAAAGAUCAAAAUAUUGUGAAUGCGAUGCGUUUGAUCAACAAUGUGAAAUGCAAAUUGCAAAAGUUGAGAUAUUAUGGAUGGGAUAUUUUACUUGAGGAUGUGAAGAAGUUUUGUAACACUAAUUUCAUUGAAAUAAUUAAUAUGACAGAUAACAUCAACAGCCGUAGUCGUUUGAAGAGAGAUGGAAAAAAUGUUAAUUUUGAUCACUACUUCCAUGUUGAAAUCUUUUGUGAGGUUAUCAAUAUUAUUCUACAGGAGAUGGAUAGUCGUUUUUUUGAAACAACUACAGAUUUGUUGAUUUAUAUGUCAUGCCUUGAUCCUAGGAACUCGUUCUCUAGAUUUGAUGUACACAAGUUAGUUCGUCUAGCUCAUUUUUGUGAGGAUGAUUUUUCUUGGAAUGAGCGUAUGUUGGUUGAACAAGAGCUUGAAACAUAUAUUGAUGACGUCAGAUCAGAUGAACGAUUUGAAGGCAUUUCAGAUUUGGGAGCUCUUGCAAAGAAAAUGAUUGAAACAAUGAAGAACCGUGUAUUUCCUUUGGUUUAUCGGAUGAUUGAGCUAUCCUUACUUCUUCCAGUUGCUACUGCAACCGUUGAAAGAAUGUUUUCGGCAGUGAAUAUUGUCAAAAUAGAUUUGCGAAACAGGAUUGGAGAUGAAUGGAUGAAUGAUAAUUUGGUAGUCUAUAUCGAGAAAGAUGUUUUUAAUACUGUCGACAAUGAGCUAAUUUUACAGCGUUUUCAGAAUAUGGAGUCUCGAAGAAUGCAAUUGUCACGUAUUCGUUAG